UUAAUUCAAACGUUGACAACGGCAUGGUUGCAAAUGCGCAAUAACAAACAGUAGCUUUGCUUGUACUGAACUUAUAAGUUGUGUGAUUUGUAAUUUAACCAAAAAUAUAAAGUCCAUAAUGUGUCAAUCUUCGUUAAAUGAUUGAAAUCGAAUUCAAGAAUUUGUGGUGUAAUAGAUUAAUCAUACUUUUAUGUUUCGGUUAUGUAAUGCCAAUAAGCAACGAUAGAGUUACGCGGAUAAAAACAGUAGCUUUUGACGUAAGGGGUACAAAAGGAAUAUCAACAGAGUCUAAUCGUAAAACAAAUGUUCACGAAAAUAAUCAAUUCCUGACUAUAGCACCUGCUUUACCAAUUCUACCUGGAGCACCUAUCCCACCAAAAUUAUCAAAACGGUAUUAUAACACAUUUAGUCUAGCAGAUUCUCCAUUUAAUAUAGAGAAUGCUAAAGCUGAGAGUUCAAAUACAGUUACCUUGCAAUGGACAAGCGAAGGAAAGACUAUGGUUGCAACCAGAACAGCUGCAGAGAAAGAAAAAAGUCCUGAUAGAAUAUGUCUUGAUAGAAGGGGUCUAACUACAUUCCCAAAUAUAGUUGGGGAACCACGUUUGCGUUUAUUAUCCCUUCAACAUAAUCUUCUCACAAAGAUCGAAAACUCCAAUUUCUCUCAGUUAACAAAAUUAGUAUUUCUUGAUUUGUAUGAUAAUCAGAUUGAAAAGAUCUGUAAUUUUGAAAUAUUAGAAAAUUUAAGAGUAUUAUUGAUUGGUAAGAAUAGAAUAAAAAAUAUUGAAGGUAUGACACAUCUUUCUAAAUUAGAAGUUUUGGACCUUCAUGGGAAUCAAAUUUUACAAGUAUCGGACUUGGAGAAUCUUACAUCUCUGAAAGUACUUAACUUAGCGGGAAAUAAUAUUAAAGCAAUAGGCUACCAUGAUUUCCAAGGUUUAACAUCUCUUAAAGAGUUAAAUCUCAGACGUAACAAAAUCAAGAAAUUAUUAGGAUUUGGUGAAACACCACAGCUACAAAAAUUAUAUUUAAGUAAUAAUAACAUUCAAAAAAUUGAAGAUAUAGGAAGUCUAGCAAAAGCAUUACAACUUAGAGAGAUAACAAUAGAUGGGAAUCCUAUAACUCUAAAUGGAGAUUAUGUGUCCUUUCUUGUGUCGUAUCUUUCAAAUUUACAAUUCUUAUCUACUAUGCCAGUUACUGAACAAAUUCGAAGAGCAGCUAUGGCCUGGAGGACAACUAAAGAACAAAGUAGUUCUACAUUUUUAAAUCUCAGUGCACAAAUCUGUAUGAAUGUCCGCAGAGAAGAAGUUAUAUCAAAUGCAAAAAUCAAUUGGGAACUUCUCAGAUGCCAUUCCAAACCCUCUAUCGAUAACAAUGGCAGCAGUAAUCGAACCAGUAAUAUCGGUUUAAUUCAAGUUCAGAAGUCGAAUAAGUUUAAUACAUUAAAACCUAAGAAUCUGGAGAAAGCAAAAACAAAAGGUUUUGGAAGCUUGACCUCAAUAAAUGAAAACAUAGAAGCAACAAAGAUAAAUAUUAAAAAAAGAAGUAACUCCAGUGAUAAUUUAUUUAGACUUAAGGACACAACUAAAACAUAUCCAUUAGAGUUUAAAUUACCCCCUAUUUUAGGUUCUAUUGUAGAUAAUUUGAUUAAUAACAAAUUUGACGAAAAAGCAGGUAAAAGUAACAAGAAUUUAAUAAAAACAAAGACUAGUAGCGAUGCUGAUAGUGAAUCGAACAGCGAUUCGGAAAGUUCAGAAAGUCAUGAAAACUUGAAGAGUUGCUUGAAAUCUCAUCUCCUAAAUUCCAGCAAUCAUAUUUCACCUCGUGACUUUAAUAAGUCUGCUAUCACCAAAGAGUUUAAUCCUAUGAAUAUUCCUUCGUCCACAUCGACUGCUGUUCAUGAAAAUGAAAAUAAUAAAAAUUGUACCAUUUUCAAAUCUGCCGAGGCAUUAAAUGGUGAAGAUGUAACAAAAUUCAAUCAAAACGUAAAAGUUCAUGAUCAACACGGCACAAGUGAUUGCCAAUCAAAGUCAAGCAUUGGUUCCUCUGGCUAUUUUUCAUUAAGCUCCAAAACUAACAGCAUGGAUAGUUGCAAGUCAAUACUAAGCGAUUCCAGCACAUCAUCUAUUGCUAAAAAUGUUCUGUUAAAGAGUAAAAAUUCUGAAAAAGAUAAAAAUAGAAUAAAAAGUGCUCAGGUAAAAAAAAUAGUAACUUACAAAAGCAAUAGAGCAGCAACAGCUCGAGCUAAAUACAGAGCUUUAACACCGCCAAGUCCACCACCGUUACAAAAUCCACCAAAAGAAAGAGAACAAGGAGGAGAUUAUUUAAUAGAAAUUGUUGGCCGAUGCUUAAAUGUUUAUGGUCAAGGUGCAUUACGUUUUAUUGACAAACCAUGGGACUGUUCAAAGGCUCAAGAUGUUAAUGUAGUUAAAUUCAAUUAUGUACAGUUCAAUGAUGUGGCCAAAGUUUUGUGUAAAGUGAAAAAUAGAUUUCCAAACAUAGAACACUUUAUGUUUAAAGAAACGAAUAUUAGUUACCUUGGGCAACUCAAUGCUUUAGCCGAAGUACAAGGAUUAACAAGCAUUCAUAUAGAAGUCGGGAAUCCGAUUAUAUCCAAGGAAUGGAAAGUAUAUGCUAUAUUUCGUUUAUCCCAUUGGGGUCUCAAAGUUAUUAAUGGAAAAGAAAUAACAAAUGAAGAAAUUGAAUUGGCAAAUAAGGAGUAUGCUGGUCUCGUUGAUAUUGUCAUGUGUUCACUGCCAGAAUCAUUGUUACAACCUUUAUUACAAAGACUUCACUUGGACAAAGUGCAAAGACAAAAUGGAGAACAAAUUACUGCCAAACAAUUUUUACUCAACAGCGAUCCAGCCCUUAGAAGUGUAGUCGCUAAAGAAGCACUACAAUGGAGAAAAGGAAGUAUAACACAAGAAGAUCUUAUUUGGCGACACAGGGGAAAAGUGCAUCUGUUAAGUCUGAUUAAUCUCACUGUAGACGCAAUACAAAAACUACAACUUCUUGAGAAUAAAUGGCCAAGUAUUUUAUGCGAAAUAAUUCACACUACUUUAUCUGACUUUUCUGAAAUGGAUACGUAUAUGAAACGUUGUAGCGAGACACUUGAAAGCGACAAAUGAUGUGCCUUCACACUUCAUUUUAUCAGUUAAAAUAGUGUGAAUUUACAGAAUUUAACGACACGCGUUCCUUAGUAUGUGUUCACAUUUAUUUUGUUCAUUUAUUAUUACACAGACUAUAGGACAUGUUAUAAAUGUAUAUUUGUUACUUAAUAUCUAUAACACGUUUAAAGUGUUGUCGGCGAUAAAGAAUAAUGCUUGAAUUUUUAUACAAUAUUCCGCGAUUAUGCAGUAAAUAAGUCUAUUGCAAUGUUAAUGUACAAUAAUGUAUUUUAAAUAUAUAACGCAUUAGCGAUUGUCCAACUAAUAUGUGAUAUGCAAAAAUAGAAGCACACUGCAGACUUAAAAAAAAAGAAUUCUUAAGAAAUUACUCAUACUUUUGUUUAAUCUAUAAAUCGUUAGGUUUAAAUAAGUCAAGAGUGUAAGUUCUAUUUACAAUAACGAUGUGCGAUCUUCAGCCGAAGAUAAAUCAGUCGUUUGGUAUCACUUUGUUCCGAUGAUAGAUUCCACGCUAAAAGAGAUCGUUGAUUUUUUCUCCAAACAAGAUCCGCCAGUAGCUGUGGAAAUGUCACUGAGGUCUGUUACGGCGGAGGCGAAGUUGUUGAAGUUCUUCUUAAUCUUCCGCGGCUCCGGAACAUUUUCAAACCAAGGAAUCGGGGAAUAUGUAGUUGGAAAGGACUCUAAUUUCUUGGAAUUUUCAGAGUCUUGCUCAUUAUGCGACAAACCAUUCAACAAGGGCGCGUCUGCGGUAACUGAAAUGAAACGAGAAGUUCGUAUUUUAAAAAAUCAUUACAUCAAUCUUACACGCGAGUGUGUGUAUAAUUUAUAUUCUUUGUUUGCCGAAACACAAUGUUAUAUGCGAUCGCUUGUGUAACAAUUGACCACAAUCUUGUGUGUAUUGGUCACAGCUGAGGCCACGCGGACGUUACUUUUACGAUUUCCUAUAAACUACAAAAGAGCGAUGAAUGGAAAAUGGAACGAAGAAAAUGUUGGAAAUCUAGAAACAUUGCAUUUUGUAAUUUAAUUUGAUUUGUAACAACGAAUGUUAUUCAAAUGUGGAAGCAUAUCGCGUUCAUCUUUCAAAUAUAAAUCAUGACCACGAAAAA